AUGAAGACGGGUUCUUCUGACGCCGGUGUCGGCGAGACGCCGCCACCGAUGGAUUGGAAGGAGACUCAGGACGCGCAUGUGUUCAUGACGGACGUCCCGGGCCUGGCCAAGCAACAGGUGGUCGUCGAGCUGGUGGAUGGCCGCAUCCUCCGCAUCUACUGCGGCAAGAAGGACAACGGCGCCAAUAAGGGCGGCCUAGCGGUGGGUCACGAGGAAAAGAAGGAAUAG